CUGUCACCACAAAUCCGUUCUCUAAUUCAUAACUCAUAAUCCAUAAAAUCCUGACCUAUUGAAAUAAAAUAGGCUACGACCAAUGCACGAGAGUCCUUAAAAUGGGGAACCAAUAUAGUCGGGGGCGUGACGCCAGGUCGCGAAGGAGAGCACCUAGGCCUGCCCGUCCUGCCUAGUGUUCGAAAGGCUAUGGAAGUCCUUAGACCCGAUGCGACGGGGAUCUACGUAGCAGCUCACCAGGCUGUUGGCGCAAUCGAAGAGGCCAUCGAGGCCGAGGUCCCCCUUAUCGUUGCCGUGGCGGAACACAUUCCCCUACAUGACUUUUUUCGAAUUUACUCCAUGUUACAAACGCAGUCUACCUGCAGACUGCUUGGUGCGAAUUCACCAGGCAUCAUAUCAGCCGUGGGGAAAUGCAGGAUCGGCUUCCAUCCUAUACCAUGUUUUCAACCGGGACGAAUAGGGAUCGUGGCUAGGUCAGGGACGUUGAGUUAUGAGACCGCUGCCUCGACCCUGAGAGCCGGUUUAGGUCAAAGCAUGUGUAUAGGCAUUGGAGGCGAUAUGAUCCCAGGCACGACCUUGAAGGAAGGCCUGCAAAUUCUCGUCGAGGAUGACGAUACCGAGGGUAUCGCAUUCAUAGGAGAGGUAGGGGGCUAUGGCGAGCUCGAGGCUGCCGAAUUCAUCAAGUCAUACCGUGCUCAAAAUAAAAACCCAAAGCCAAUCGCUGCCCUUGUCGCAGGCAUGCAGACGGUCCCAGGACAGCCAAUGGGCCACGCAGGAGCAGUAUCUCUCCUUGGCGAACCAUCAACAGCGACUAAGCUCGAAGCUUUGAGGGCAGCUGGAGUAGCAAUAGUCGGCCACCCUUCCAGAUUCGGGCCGGUGCUGAAGUCUAUGAUAGACGCCACCAAUGUAGCUGCUUCAGGCAGCGGUAUUUCCCAGAGGAGAGGAAUUCAUACCGUAGCCCAUCGGCCGACCUCAUCUCAACGGGCACUACCCAGGAAAACUUGGUGCCAACGACGAAGCUUUUACCUAUCAGAAACGGCCCUGCGUCUCCUCCGCAAACGAGGUCUCCCCAUCGCGGACAGUACCACUCGUCAGUCCAGUCUCCCCCUAGAAGAAGAAGAAGAAACAUUUUUGGACCUCCCUCAACCACAAGGCCCCGACAUCGUGGAUACAAGUCGGCCUAGACGUCUGGUAGUGACAUUCAACCGAUCCGCGAAAAACCCUUGUAUAAUCGCAUUCCACCCCGACAACAAUUCCGAGUUCGAGAAAUUUGAUUUCGACUAUGGCGCAGCGGCGGAAGACAUCCCGAUCGAAGACAUAGCAUUCUUCCAAGGUCUGCCCCUGUCCUCAAUUCCCUCCCUAGGGAAGAUCGUUACCGGACUCGUGCGUCUUUUUAAGGAGAAGGAGGCCUUUCAGCUCUCGGUCGAGAUCCGGUGCAAAGAUAGCAAGGAUGGCCUGACGAUGGUGAUCACGGACGCACAGCUAGGUUUCGAUGACGCCGCGUUCCGGAGCGGUGGGCGCCACGCCGAUCUCCAGAAGCUGCGGACCAAACUUCUCGAGCACACGGUCGAGAGUGACGGGAUCACGUACAUGAAACUGGCGCCGCCAGGGAACAUCGGCACGCUGGUCAACGGCGCGGGCUUGGCGAUGAAUACCGUGGAUGCGCUCGCCGCUGCGGGGGGCCACGCAGCGAAUUUCUUGGAUACGGGUGGGAAGGCUACGAGCGAGACGGUGAAGCGGAGCUUUGAGCUUAUAUUGGAGGACCAGGAUGUCAAGGUAUGAUGAAUUCUAAUUCUUUCCCCUUACUUAUUUCGUCCCUAGUAUCUAAUGAAGUUACUAACUCCCACGACCCUCUCCUUCUUAGUGCAUAUUCGUCAACAUCUUUGGCGGCCUAACCCGCGGCGACAUGAUCGCCGAGGGUAUCGUCCUAGCCUUUAAAGACCUGCGCAUCCCUUUACCCGUCGUCGUCCGCAUCCGCGGGACGAACGAGCGGGAGGGCCAGCGCAUCAUCGCUGAGAGUGGGCUGCCGCUGUUCGCCUUCGAUGACUUUGAUGAGGCUGCUGCGAAGGCUAUCGAGCUGGCGAAUCAGGAGUAGAUGGAUAGAUCAGCAUGUAUGGAUCUGAUGAGAUAUACAUAUAUAGAAUACUUUUUUAUAUAACUAUCCAUGUACCUGCAUAAAUAAUACUAACUAUCAUUUAAUACUAUUUUCACUUUUACUUUUUUUCU